AGCAAGAGGGUGUGGCUCAAUAAAAUUAAUUAAUUGAAACCCACGUGCUGCAGAAUGGACGAACUAAAGAUAAAAUUCUCAACCUCUCGAGGCUCUUCUUCCCAGCACACAAUAUACUGUAAGAGACACUCAGUGAGACAGCCCUCUACAAAGAUACCCAACCAAAGGACUCUCUUUACAACCGGUUGGCCGCCAUAUUGCGGUAGGGACUCCAUUCAGGAACUCUUCUCGCGUCUUGUAGGUCAAGUGGAAGGAGUGUAUCUACAAGAAGGGACUAAGGCUAUUGAAAAUGAGCAGCCACAGACAGGAGGCUAUAUGAUUGGCUACAUUGUUUUCAAAGAAGAUGAGGAAGUGUCUCGUGCUUUGUCACUUUGUUCCACUGGGUCUCCUCCUCUCUCGUGCUGUGUCGGUGAUACAGGAUUAAAGAAAUGGACAAGGGAAUAUCAGGAACGAUAUCCUGUUGAGAGUCUCUUAGAGAAGGCAGCAGAGUCUGGAGUUACAGCAUACGAUGAAUGGGUUGAGAGUGAGAAGAAGAGAAAGAAACAUCUGAGUGAACCGGAUGAAGAUGGUUGGGUUACGGUGACAAAGAAAACUCCUAUUGUUGAGAAGCCAAAAAGAAAGAAAAAGAAGCCACAGUUCUUGAUGCUUUAUGCCUUCCAGCAAAGAGAAAAGCAGCGUGAACGAAUAGCAGAGUUGAGGAAAAAGUUUCAAGAAGACCAGCAGAAAGUUGCAGCGAUGAGAGCUAACAGAAAAUUCAAACCAUUUUGAGUCAUAAUAAUAAUAAUAAUAUCUAUUCAUUUUUUAUUAUAAAGUAUUAAUUAUUAUUGUUAUCACAGACAAAAUUAUUAGCAAUGCACAACCAGUUUACAACUGUUA